UGGCGUGGGAGCCCAUGAAGGAUGACGAUCCUGCCUGCACCCCCAUUGCAGAUCCUAAAUGAGAUUGCGUUGCACCGCGGCCUGCAGCACCGCCACAUCGUGAGUUUCUUGCAUCAUUUUGAGGAUGCAGUCAACAUAUACAUUUUCUUGGAGCUCCGCAGCAAAAAGCUGGAGGAUUCCCUGGCCCACAUCUGGAAGGCCCGGCACACCCUGUUGGAGCCAGAAGUGCGCUACUACCUGCGGCAGAUCCUUUCGGGACUCAAGUACUUGCACCAGCGAGGCAUCUUGCACCGAGACCUCAAGCUGGGAAAUUUUUUUAUUACUGAGAACAUGGAACUGAAGAUGGGGGAUUUUGGGCUGGCAACCCGGUUGGAGCCCCCAGAGCAUAGGAAGAAGACCAUCUGUGGCACCCCUAACUACGUGGCUCCGGAAGUGCUGCAGAGACAGGGUCACGGCCCAGAGGCAGAUGUGUGGUCCCUGGGCUGUGUCAUGUACACACUGCUAUGUGGGAGCCCCCCCUUUGAGACAGUCGACCUGAAGGAGACGUACCGCUGCAUCAAACAGGUUCACUACACGCUGCCCGCCAGCCUCUCACUGCCUGCCCGGCAGCUCCUGGCUGCCAUCCUUCGAGCCUCGCCCCAGGACCGCCCCUCAAUUGACCAGAUCCUGCGCCAUGACUUCUUUACCAAGGGCUACACCCCCGACCGGCUCCCUAUCAACAGCUGCGUGACAGUCCCAGACCUGGUACCCCUUAACCCAGCUAGGAUUCUGUUUGUCAAAGUUACCAAGAGCCUCUUUGGCAGGAAGAAGAACAAGAGUAAGAACCAUCCCGAGGAGCGGGACGAGGUUUCCUGUUUGGUGAGCGGCCUCACUCGGACAUCCAUUGCCCAUCAGGAUGCCAAGCCUGAGGCUCCAGCAGCUUCUGGUCCAGCCCCCCUCAGCCUGGUAGAGACAGCGCCCGAAGACAGCUCACCCCGUGGGACACUGGCGAGUAGCGGAGAUGGUGAGCAGCCAGGAGAAUGAGAGGUGCUAGCGGUUACUGGGCUGAAACCAGGGACCAG